CUGUUACUUAGUCAAGUAUCUAGAAGGAUGUAACUAAGUAUUUGACAUGUGAAAGUCUCGUCUCGGGAUCUUUUUGACGUCUCAACGGUCCGAGCGAGAUACGAUACGAUACUUUACGAUAACUGUGCCGUCCGAUAGUCAAGCGAUCAGAUCACAUCAGGUCAGAUUUGCCGACCUGAUCACGGCUACCUCCCGGUUUAAGUACUUAACUAGAAACCAGACGAGCAUUGCCAGAUGUUCUGGUCAGCCGGCGCGGAGGGCACAUCGAUGCAUCCCCUUUCCGCCCAGCCUCGAGUGCUCUUAACGGUUCUCCCCGCCUCGUUGAGACGAUGUAUCCCGCGUCUUGACCGUUCGUUAACGACAAGUACCCUGACGAGCACGACAUCUUCAACGCCCGAUCUAUGCAGAGGAAUCGUCUGCAGCUCGGAGCCGCAAUUGCAGUGCUAUGAUUUCCCGCCAGAGUCAGUGGGAUACUCGCGGCGACCGGCCACGGCAACGACGGCAGCGGGGGAUGAUAACGAGUCCUCCAGUUCGUGUUCUGGCCGAUCAGAUAUGUCGAUCGAGAUGGAUCAGAUGGUGAAGUAUGAGGUCGAGUCAGGGCUGAGGUGGAAUCGAAUAGUUCCGGCAUUCAAUCUCCUCCGAAACGCCGGAUACGAAGCCCAACAACCUCGCGCUGACAGCCGUCUGGUACGGUCUCUAUAUAUCAACGGGCUUCUCUACCUCCUCGAAGCUCUCCCUGCCGAUCUAACCCGCGAAGAAACCGCUUCUAUCCGCGACAGACUCCCCGAAACUAUCGCAUCCCCAUCCACCGCCCUGUCAUCUAGCUCACAAAACAUAUCCUCGAGAAAUAAAUACGGCCGAUAUAACACCACCUGGAACGCAUCCGCAGAACCAUCCUACCUCCACCGCAUCCUCGCUUAUUCUAUCAUUCAAUGCUUCUUAAUCAUCCAGCUCCUUAGCCCCUACAUCAGAGUGUUGCUCCAGCAAGCAUAUCAAUACGAGCGAUCGCACCGCAUCACAGAGCGCGUGGUCACAGCGACAUUAGGCGCAGCCGAUAGUCUCGGUAAAAGCGGCGUCACCGCCGUGCUCGGUUUCAGAGAAGGGAGACUCGGCGCGGCGGUCUCCGAGCUUGCUUCCUGGUGGAUCGAAGGCGUCACAGGCGGGAUCUGCGAAGGUGUUGGGGAAGGAUUGAUCAUUUUAGGAGCUGCGCGAUCCCAGACUGAUCCUUUGGGGAUAGGUCUGGGGGCGGGGAAAGAGUCGAGCUAAUUAAGAAGGCUGUUUCCGGUGCAUAAUGCAUAAGGAUGAUGAUUUAGAAAGGAAAAAAGGCGUCUUAUUGUUUUGGUUUAUCUCUUUGUUUCUGGCGCACUGGUGGCAUAUUGCUUUGUUUUUUUGCUUCUCACAAUUGUUGUAUAGUGAUUUAGAAUAGACCGCUUUGUUCUUGGUAUGUGAAACUGGUACCUGUGUAUGUACAUGCAAUAUGUCAGGCUGCAGCCUUAGAACAUGGAAAAUUCACCUGGU